AUACAUUAUACAAUUCUUAUACAUUAUACAUAUCCCAAACCCUUAAUAGAGUAUACAACCCCUAUACAUUAUACAACCUUUAUACAUUAUACAUAUCUUAAACAUAGUUUAUUAAACAGACCCUAUACAUUAUACAUAUCCCAAAACCCAAUACAUUAUACAACCUUUAUACAUUAUACAUAUCCUAAACAAAGUUUAUUAAACAGACCCUAUACAUUAUACAUAUCCCAAAACCCAAUACAUUAUACAACCUUUAUACAUUAUACAUAU